AUGGACGAGCCAAGGGAUAUGUAUGAGCUUUUCUCACGCUGUGAGAAAUAUAUCAAUUUGGCCGAAGUUCUUGUGGCCGAGAAGGAAGAUAAACCUGAGAAGCAAGCCCAAGAAAAGAAGGAUGAGUCCACCCGAGAAGCCGAUUCAAAGCUUAGCCGAGAUGACAAGGACAGUAGGAGAAAGAAAGAUGAAAGAAAAGCCUGGGUUCCCAAAGCCACUGAUCUAGAGUCAGAACCAGUCUAUACGGCCCUCACUCAUACCCGAGCUCACAUCCUGAAUGAGAUAAAGGACCAAGUGACCCUGCGCUGGCCUGCCAAGAUGGACCACAGCCAUGACACUGAAGAAUGUAGACAGCUGAAGGAUGAGAUAGAAGCCCUCAUACAAAGGGGACGCCUGGGCCAAUUUAUCAAGAAAGAGAGGGGCGACAGAAGACAAGAUUAUCGUGCUCGGGAGCCUGAGGGAAGACAAAGAUCGUCUGCCAGGGCCGAUAAGGAAGAACAAACUCGAGGUAAGCCCCACAUAGAGAAUGCAACCUUGAGAGAAAUAACCACCAUAUAUGGAGGAUCGGGCAUGGGAGGAGAAACCUCCAACUCUCGAAAACAUCAUGUUCGGAAUGUGCUCCACACUAAGAUGUCAGAUAAAAGGAGGAGGAUAGAUCAUUGCAUAACCUUCUCCGACGAAGAUUUGGCUGACAUUCAAUCUCCUCAUGAUGAUGCGCUGGUGAUCAAGAUGAUUAUUGCCAACUGCACGGUAGCAAGAAUCCUUGUGGACAAAGGAAGUUCAGCUGAUAUUCUGUACUACGAUGCAUUCAAAAAAAUGCUAUUAAAACCUGAGAUGCUGAAGAGAGUGGAAUCCCCCCUGUAG